AUGGAAAACCUCUCCAUCUCCGACGCCCCUCCGGCGGCUCCUCCGCCCCAGGGCCCUUCGCAGCCCGGCGGCCCGUCCCAGCCGCCUCCCCAGCUUCCGCCGCAGAUGUUCACGACGGCCGCACAGCUCUUGGAUCUCACAGACAAGAAGCUCAUGGUCGUUCUGCGCGAUGGCAGGAAGCUUAUCGGUGUGUUGCGAAGCUGGGAUCAAUUUGCUAACAUUGUGCUACAAUCGACGACGGAACGCAUCUUCGCGACCAACCCGGACAGCGCCAUCUCUGACGCCGCCCCGCGGGGCCUCUACGCCGACAUUUCGCACGGCAUCUUUCUCGUCCGCGGCGAGAACGUCCUCCUCCUGGGCGAGAUCGACCUCGACAGGGACGACGAUCCGCCCCCGGGCUACGAGCCCGCAGAGCUGGAGCUCGUCAAGAGGCUUGCGGACGAGAAGAAGGCCGCUGAGAAGGCCCGGGAUAAGUCGCGCCUCAAGAAGCUCGCAAAGAUGGGCUUUGAGGGCGAGAGCCAAGGAGAGAUUGUCCUUGGAUGA